GAGGACAGUACGAGUAGACUAGCAGUAGUAGCUGUCUGCCCCUCUCUCAUCUAGUAUCUCUCUGCUCCUUCCAUUCCUUGCGACUCCACUGUCCUCCUCCCUCCCACAGAUCUUGGCUUCCGUCUCCUACCCCCAGCACAAGCACUUGCAGCUCAAAGCAGCCAGCCAGAAGCCUCGGUCUCGGAGUCGGAGGGACGCAGCCAGCCGGCGCCGCGCCUGGCGGGCGGGAGAGUGCGCUUCAGGCGGCUUCAGUCCAGUCCAGUCCACUCCCGCCAAGACGCAAAAGAAAACACAGCGAUGCACCAAGACAGUUUCAGGUCGGUGGUCUGCAGAUCCCUCUCGAAGAGCCUGCCCCCAAGGAGCAAAGAUGGCAGCUGUUCCGAAACAGUCCAGUGCACUGUCCCCUGUAUCGUCACGCUGCAGCCUUCGGUCUGUCGGAGCUGCCAAGGUCGGGAUGUACAGAGCGCGUCGCAGAGCUACAGGGAGGAUGAAAGGUCCAUGUCGUUCCACGGGGACUACCUGAUGGUGCCCUCGCUGUCCAAGCAUUUUGCUGAGGACCUCCUAAUAAGAGGCGCCAUGGAUCUCCAGGAGUCCCUUGCGAUGCUUGAGAGGUUCCAAGCUGCGUCACUGAGCAUGAGACUACUGUCCAGCAAGAAGAUAAGACCGGAAACUGGUGAACAGUCUCCUGCGAUAGACACCAUAGUCCGUGAAGUUCUCCUGAGGCCAUCGAACGCCAAGCAGGUGCAGGUCAAUGGAUUAAAACAACAGCUAAGCGAUUCUACCAGUGAGUUGAAAAAUAUUGUCAAGGAUAGUUUUUACAAGAAGAACCACUCUCUGGUGUCCAACAAUGAGCAGGCCUCUUUGACUUUGAGCCAGUCGGCACGGCACUUGCCGAACAGUUACCUGAUGCCCAAGCCUGCUGCUCAUCAGAAGAAAUCUGUGCCCAUGUCGUCGCCAUCUUGUGCAGCAGUGCGACCUGAAAAGUCUAAGACGCCAAGCUUGGUAGCCAAGCUCAUGGGUCUCGAUGGAUUGCCCUCGCCGAAAGCUAAAUCCACCAUGAAAGACGACAAGAACAAGGCAGCGAGUUCACCAAGAGCGCUGUUCGAUACCGAGAGGCCCAGGUCGAAGAGGCUGCUGCCGCAGUUACUCAAACAGGAGGCUGGUUUUGGCUCAGAGAUGCCUCGGUCAGAAAAGCUGCCACCAUUGCAAUCUAACGUUCAAAAGAACUCUACCAGCUCAAAGAAGGGCAUCGUCGGCACUUCGUAUACUACCGGAGCGGUUCAUGAUACUGCAUCGAUCAAACCGAUCCAAAGAGCGGCAUACGUUGAGCAGGCUCGACCGAAAUCCCCGAAAGAAAUCAAGAUCGUCUCUUCUCCUACAGGCAGGAAGCAACGGGCGAAUGAGAUCAACAGGAGGAGCACGGAGAAACAAAGGCCUUAUUCAGGUGAAAGAAGCAGAGAAAGGAUGAAUGCUGCGAAGUCAAGAGCUGGAUCAGCGUCUCGUAGCGCGGAAGCAGUAGCGAAACAGUGUGAUAGGAGAUCAGUUGCGUCAAGGAGCAAUCGUACUUGUGACUCGGUGGUGAAGCCCAACUCACCGAAACCACAGAGCAAUUCCAGAGCGAGGAGAGUGCCCAGGAGAAAUGUUAAGAGCUCCACCGUUGAUGAAUUAGUGGCUUACGAGAUAGAAAAAGAGAUUCUCCAUGCCCUGGACCAAACUGACGGUCCAUCCACAGAACAUAGCGCGACACCGAGCGACGAAGCCUGCCCGAGCGCUGACUGGGACGAAGCAUCUUCUGUGGGCGACAUCCUGAAAGAUCCUGGCGAGGCCAGCGAAACAUCGCAGUCUGCUGUCCGUGACUGUAGAAUCAGCUCAGCUGGUGCGGAUGCAGAUGCUAUUCACUCACCGACGCACAGAGCCCCGACAAGGGAAGCUGAAAUAAAAGACGAGAUCGGCUUGCUUCUCCUCAGUGACAAACCGUUCCUUAGCAGAGCAGCUGAGCUCAUAGGCGUUGAUGUGUAUGGGGAUCUGAGUAACCAGUGUGACAGGAUCUCCAAGGCUAGAACGAGAAACCGUCGGCUCUAUCUGGACGCGGCAGGAGAGCAACUGGAGCUGAAACACCGCCAGCAGAACAUCCUGUGGCCUUACGCUAGGCCGCUGGGCCGGAGAUGGAGGUCAUCGUCAUCGGCGUACCUGUCGCUGGAGGAGCUGCUGAGAGAUGUCAGCGACGGGGUUAGGAAUCUGGAGGAUGGGUAUUGCAGUGGAGAUGCCCGCCGUGGCAGCAAGGAUAGCCUGGACGUGAAGCUGGAGAGGGAUCUCACCUCCUCCGCAGAUGCGUUGAUCAGUAGUGUUUGGGACAUGGGCUGGCAAGGUUUGGCUUGUGUGGAGGCGGAAUGCUUCGUCAGAGAUGCCGGGGAGGAGAUCCUGUCCUUGCUCGUCGAGGAAGCUGCUCUAGACAUGUGUCUGCACUGCCAUAGUGCCAUGUGAUGAUAUGAACAUACAGCGAUAAGUUGCUGCCAUCGGGACGAUCUAUAACAACUUGCAGCUUCAGUUCUUGUAGUUGUUUUUCUUUUUUUAGGUUUGAAGUAGAUUUCGUCCGUGUAAUCACCAGGAUUGUAGUAGUAUAGGAACCAGUGAAGUGAUGUGUUCAUGAGUUCAUCAAG